AUGGGAGGAUGGAGAGACUGGCUCGGAAAAGGAGGAGGGGUUGGAGAAAAAGAGGAAGAAACGGCAGGGGCGGGUGCGGAUGAUGAAGUGCCGCUGUUGGAUGACGAGGAGGUGGCGCGGGCGGACAAGGAGGUCAUUCAGUGUACUUCGCUCACCCACAGCCACCUAAUCGCCUCCUACUCAGUGCUUAAAAGUCGUGUCUUCCUCGCCUCGCGGGUUUCUUGUUGCUUCUCAGUCCCUUUCCCGCUGCUCCGCCGUCCUGUCGCGGCGGUGGUACAGGCACACGCAACUGCCCACAACCGCGUUGCAUUCCCUCUCCACCCCUCCCUCCCCCCAUCCUGUGCCUCCUCAUGCUCUGCCUUCAGGUGCCUCCUCAUGCUCUGCCUUCAGGUGCCUCCUCAUGCUCUGCCUUUCAGGUGCCUCCUCAUGCUCUGCCUUCAGGUGCCUCCUCAUGCUCUGCCUUCAGGUGCCUCCUCAUGCUCUGCCUUCAGGUGCCUCCUCAUGCUCUGCCUUUCAGGUGCCUCCUCAUGCUCUGCCUUCAGGUGCCUCCUCAUGCUCUGCCUUCAGGUGCCUCCUCAUGCUCUGCCUUCAGGUGCCUCCUCAUGCUCUGCCUUCAGGUGCCUCCUCAUGCUCUGCCUAAAGGCACCUGACGACAAUGCAAUUCUCGUGCUCUGCCUUCUUCUCCUACUUCAGCUGCCUCCGGCGCAGUCCUUCCAGAGCUACCACGUGGCCACCGCUCACAACGUCCUGCUGCCUCCGGACUAUUCAAAGACUGCAAGCUACUCCUUUGCCAGCAGCAGCGCUUUCUACACCAGGCUCAACGACAGCAUCAUUCAGGCAGGCAGGCGGGUCAAUCCGCUGCGCCAAGUGCAGAUCGACCUGGAAGACUUAAAGGCGUCCCUGCUCUGCUUCCACCGCAUUUCUCCACCCCUCCCUCAGGCCGUAUGGACGGACCCGCAGUGUGGCGAUGGCACAUGCACGCCCCCCAUGGAGGUGCCAGCGGUGGGUCGCUUCGGGUGCGCCCUGGACUGCGGGUUGGCCAGCAACGUGACGGCGCCGCCAUCCGCGACGUCUGCUGGUGAGCCGCCAUCCGCGACGUCUGCUGGUGAGCCGCCAUCCGCCACGUCUGCUGGUGAGCCGCCAUCCGCCACGUCUGCUGGUGAGCCGCCAUCCGCCACGUCUGCUGGUGAGCCGCCAUCCGCCACGUCUGCUGGUGAGCCGCCAUCCGCCAUGUCUGCUGGUGAGCCGCCAUCCGCCACGUCUGCUGGUGAGCCGCCCAUGUCAGCGACUCAGUUUGUGUUCGAGGGUCCUCAGGUGUUCACGGAGGUGGCAGGCUGGCACACGCUCACACUGCAGCUGCCAGACAACGACUGGUUCGUCUCACUCACUGCACCAGACGGCGGGGUGAGCGUGUACGUGUACGAGUCACAGCCCACAACCAGCCAGGACGGACCACCGCUGCCUUCAGCCUCCCUCGACCCAGCUGCGGCAGCAGCAGCAUCAGCAGCACCACCCUCCUCACCCACUCCCACGCCUCCCCCCUUUAGCGCCGGCGCCCCUGCCUCCUCGCCCUCUGCAGCGCCGUCUCCUUCAGGGGGCGUGAAGGGGAGGGUGCGGCCGUCCAACGGCACGGGCGCUAACGUGCUGCUGGCGCUCAUCGAUGGCUGUGUGACGGAUGGCGAGAGCGGUCUGCAGCGGUGCAGACAGGCCUGCAACGCCAUGCUGCCCCGCACCUCCUUCCUCCCACCUGAUAACGUCUCCUGCCCCCAGAUCCGCACAGCGAAAAUGUCUGGUCCCCUGGUCGUGUUCCCCUGGUCGUGUUCCCCUGGUCGUGUUCCCCUGGUCGUGUUCCCCUGGUCGUGUUCCCCUGGUCGUGUUCCCCCGGUCGUGUUCCCCCGGUCGUGUUCCCCCGGUCGUGUUCCCCCGGUCGUGUUCCCCCCGUCGGGUCGUGUUCCCCCCGUCGUGUCGUGUUCCCCCGGUCGUGUUCCCCCGGUCGUGUUCCCCCGGUCGUGUUCCCCCGGUCGUGUUCCCCCGGUCGUGUUCCCCCGGUCGUGUUCCCCCGAUCGUGUUCCCCCGGUCGUGUUCCCCCGGUCGUGUUCCCCCGGUCGUGUUCCCCCGGUCGUGUUCCCCCGGUCGUGUUCCCCCGGUCGUGUUCCCCCGGUCGUGUUCCCGCGGUCGUGUUCCCCUGGUCGUGUUCCCCGGGUCGUGUUCCCCGGUCGUGUUCCCCCGGUCGUGUUCCCCCGGUCGUGUUCCCCCGGUCGUGUUCCCCCGGUCGUGUUCCCCCGGUCGUGUUCCCCCGGUCGUGUUCCCCCGGUCGUGUUCCCCCGGUCGUGUUCCCCCGGUCGUGUUCCCCCGGUCGUGUUCCCCCGGUCGUGUUCCCCCGGUCGUGUUCCCCCGGUCGUGUUCCCCCCGGUCGUGUUCCCCUGGUCGUGUUCCCCCGGUCGUGUUCCCCCGGUCGUGUUCCCCCGGUCGUGUUCCCCCGGUCGUGUUCCCCCGGUCGUGUUCCCCCGGUCGUGUUCCCCCGGUCGUGUUCCCCCGGUCGUGUUCCCCCGGUCGUGUUCCCCCGGUCGUGUUCCCCUGGUCGUGUUCCCCCGGUCGUGUUCCCCUGGUCGUGUUCCCCUGGUCGUGUUCCCCUGGUCGUGUUCCCCUGGUCGUGUUCCCCUGGUCGUGUUCCCCUGGUCGUGUUCCCCUGGUCGUGUUCCCCUGGUCGUGUUCCCCUGGUCGUGUUCCCCUGGUCGUGUUCCUUUUGGCGAUUCCUGUCUUGCCUCUCCUGUCUCUCUUCCCUCUCUUCUCUCGUCUGCCUCGCCUCACAGGCAUUCACUCUCUUCGAGCCCUUCGUCCAGACACCCUCAUGCACUGGUGCGGCCUCCCGCCCUCCCCACCCUCCUGCCCCUCCCCCCACCCUCCUGUCCUUCCCACUCUCCUGCCCUCCCCCCCACGCUCCUCCUCUUCCCACUGUCUUGCCCUGCCAACCCUCCUGCCCUCCCUACCCCUCUGCCCUCCCCACCCUCCUGCCCUCCCUACCCCCCUGCCCUUCCUACCCCUCUGCCCUCCCCACCCUCCUGUCCCGACCCCACUCAUGCUUACUUACCUGCUAUUUCAUGGCCUUUCUCGUGA